AUGGUAAUCUUAUAUCUUUAUCACUGGUUUAAGGAUGAGUUUCAUGGAACGUCGAAUACAUUAAGGUUCUUAAACAUUAUUAUUACAGUAUCGCGAGUGAAACAGUGACGAAAAUCUAGCGUUAUGUAUACUGUUUAAAUUACGCUGUAGUUUUAUCGUAAAAAAGCAUCAGUCAAGAAGCAGAUAAAAAUUUGUGCGGUGGCAAGAAAACCUGUGAGCUGUUAUUCGUAUGCAGUGGUGUUGUUGUUCGCCUAGUAGUCAACGAGGGACAUUUAAAACGAAAGUGAACGCGAACAUAUUAAGAUCGUUUCUCGCCAGUUGAUAGUGCAAGUAAAUGAACCUAGUAGUUCAACCUAAAUUAGAUUUGAAAAGGAGUUGAAAAUUAGUGGAAGAUUUGUACGGUUGCCAUUACAAACGAUAGGCUAUGAUUAGAAUAUCAAAAGCUACUGGGGCCUACGCUGCCUUGGUCUCGGUUGUGUCUGGAACUAUCAUGUGGUUUAACUUCCGUCCAUUAGGAAUAUUUUUCUUUUCUGGUUUGGUGAUGUUUUGGUGUCGGCAGUACGCCAAUCUUCGUCUCCAGAUGACACCUCUCGUGGAAGAAAAACUACGAAACAUGUGCCAGCGUGCUCUCCAGCUGCGGACACAGAAACCCAGCCUGUUUUGUGGUAUAGUGUCAUGCCUACUGAUUCUUUUGGCCAUUAUUGGUCACGUGGUUUCGGGGGCAUGCAUCGUGAUUACACUGUUGGUGAUUUCCAUUGUAGUUUCUACUAAGUAUGACAUCAAAAUCAUUGUCGAUCGUGAACAAGUCUCUUCUGCAUUAUCGACAAAUCUACUCGAUCAAGAAGUGGAGGAAUUUCUACCAGAAAUCAAUGACACUAAUGCAUCGCUGUUAAGGCAGAUUGGCGAUGGAGCUGAUAUAAGUGCUUUGUUCAAACCAGAAAGCACCAACAGUGAAGCCAAAGACGGCAAUAUCGAUGACGAUGCUGACGAUGACACCUACUCUGAUUUGCUGAUUCCUCAAAACAGUAUUCAGGAGUUGGAUGAAGAGCAAUCGAACGAGUCCAGCAGUGAUGAAUUCUUGCUUGGAAGCAAUGGUUCUAGGCCAGUGAAAGUGGAGUCUUGCACUGAAGAAAUUCGGUUCAAGAGCAGUCAUUUCAAUGCAAAUACAUCGUCCGACUCGGAUGAUAGUAUUUCUAGGGGAUUGCGCUUCGACGACGUUCCCGACAGCAGUCGAAAAAAAAGUAACUUUUCUCAUCAUAAUUCUCAGUAUGAAUUGCAACAGGAGCACUCGGAUCAACAAAGAACUCAUCACCUACCGGAUCAGCUGCCCAGUUUGGCUGGGAAUCUGCUUGCUAGCAACAUGUUAAAUUAUAUUAGUUCCGCAAUGACCAAUGCUUCUAUGAUGAGUCAAUCACAACCAGCACCCAGUACUCGCGUGCAAAGAUACAACCGUAUGAGUACUUCUGCUACCGGAAGCAGUAGUAGACGAACUUAUGACGAUUCGACCGAUGAAGACGGCGAUAGUGAUUUCGAAAUGUUAAACCCAGACGAACUAAGCAAUGCAUAGGCAUUUAUUGGGAAUUACUAUGAUCAACAAGGUAUUUAUUUCAGGUUUGGUCUGUAUACCAGUCGCAGAGGUACGCAAAAGUUACUUUCAAUUGUUACCUAUAAUUCAUGACUUGUUCAUAAUGUUGAGUUUCAUCUUGAUAAAAACCUGGCGCUGAGCGCUGUUUUCGACAACAAACUCCCGGUUUAAUACCCGUUUCGCUUCGAAAUAUGAACAAUUUUAGUCUCUGUUGUGAAUUCAUCGAUUUUAUCAAAAUAGUUUUGUAAAAUGGAAUGAACAUCACACACCAAGCUCUGGUUAAGAUUUUUUCAAACGAGUUUAUCUUAAACAGCAUUCUACCAAAUAACAUCAUGCCAAAUAAACUUGAUACAUCUGAGAUAUUUUUAUAAUGUUCGUGUGCUUUUCGCAUAAGAAAAAAGUUGGAAAUUUUUUUUCGUGGUUUAAAGACGCACUUCAGCCAUGUUUGUAAAACGCAGUGUGGUGUGGUUGGGGUUUGAAGCAAACACUUAUGUUUGGGUUUGCACUUCAUGUCUCCAUUUGCUGGUGACAGUAGUUUCUACGAAUGUUACGAUGUUAAAUUAUAUUGUACAUCCCUUGGCAAUGGUUUGUUACGUAUUUCAAUUCCUUAGAGUUCCUAUCUAAAUAAAGAACGUUAUGACAAAUUGUUGUAAAUAGUGAAGUGAUAAUAAAUUAAACAUAUGCUAACGGUCAUUUUGCGCCGUUUGUUUUUGCGAAUUUGUUGACGCUUAGAUAAAUAGCUCAUCCAAGUUGAGUUCUGUACAAUACGAUACAAGAUGUUUAAUAACAAUGAUGUUAUCUUUCAUUUUGAAUGCAUAUUUUUGUUUUACAUCAGAUGAUGUAUUGAAACACAGGAGUGAGAUACCAAUUUCACAGAUUGUAAAACUCAAAGCUAUAAAAGAAUUUAUGAAAUUCACAACAAUGUAAUGCUAGUCUUCAGAAUUAAAUCUCGAUGAAUAUUGACAUGGCUCUGUUCAUUUCAACUCCAGCAAAUAUGUCAAUAAAAAUUUAUAACUACUUGAAAACUUCGGAAAAUCAAAAAUCAUAUAUAAUAAGAGAAACUUUUGGUAAAAGAUGUAUUAAAGCUAUUAAAGGCGUUUUGUGGUUACCCGAUGGAUGUUACUACAUAUAAGCUUAAUUGAACAAUUUCAUUGUAGUUUUUGUCCGUUAUAUUAGGAAUACAAAAGUUUAGCUAAAAUACAUCUAUUACCAAGCAGCGGUAUUAAAAAGUUGUGGAAUAGUUAUGGGAAACUAAUGCAUUAUAGUAGAAGACAAUGUCGUAUACCUAACGUGUUGUUCCCCCAUCAAGUAAUGAUAGAAAACGGUUCUUUUUAAAAGUUACUUUUUUUGACUGGUGUGUUUGUAUGAGUGAAGCAACUUAAGUAAUAUUUAAAUAAAAUAUGUGUGAUAUGCUUAAUUGUACUCUAUAUACUCCCAUAAUGACUAUUGUGACGUAUUUCAAAUAAAAUACAUAACUAUAA